AUGGCACAGGUGGCACUGACCACGCCGAGCGUCGCGCUCUGGGACGAGGACUGGGCUGGUGACAUCAACACAAAGCAGUGGCAGUAUUACUCUAAAAAUAACAUCGACGACAGCGCCGACGCCACUGUCAACCCCGACGAGGCCUGGCGGCGCUACAGCGCAGCGCGCGCCCCGCUGGAGAUGGCAGCAUGCAGGGACGCGGCGCGCGCGGCGAAGCGCGCGGCCAAGCGUGCAGGGGCCAACGCCACUGGCGGCCAGAGCGGCCGCAGCGGCGGCGAGCAGAGGCUGAAUCCUGGCACGAAGCUGGUGGCUGAUGAGUCAGAGGACGAGGACGGUGACGAUGAGGAUGACUACGACAGUGAGCACUGUGAGUGCUACAUCGCCCCCAGCCACCUGCGUUCCAUGGUGGCGGACGCAGUGUCGUCCUUCCCGGGCCUCACUGAGCAGGGGAGGGGGCUGCUGGGCCGGAGCAUGUAUGUCACGAACUGCGGCGCGGAGUACUGCGAGAGGGACGAGGUCGACAACUUUGAAGCAAGGGCGCGCGUUUUUGGCAUCGACAGCCCCAACGUGGUGGACGUGUUCCACAGGUUCCACAGCAGGUCCAGCACGCGGGGGUUCGUGUACGCCGAGAGGCGGCGCUUCGCCCUGAGGGCGUCCUCUGUACAGAAGAUCCGCUCGGCGCUGUUUUCAACCCCCGCCAGCGCGGGCCUCAGCUCGCGACUCAGCGACUACCACCUCAUGCGCUGGCUGCUGGCAGGGGUGGGAUACGACCCGGAGCAGAGCAAAAAGCUUCCCCACGGAAUUGUCAUCCGCCACACAUGCGACGGCUACGAGUUCGUGAACCUCAGGCGCGUCUGCCGCGCCCCCUUGCGCUCCGACGCGCACUGGGCGGAGCAUGACUUCAACGCCUCGAUCCGCCAGAAGCAGCAGGACGAGCGCGACGAGGACGAGCUCGCGCGUGAGAGGGCGUACUUCCAGAGGAUGCGCUCUGCGGAUGAGGAGAGGUUUUUCGACUGGAAGGAAGAGGGCGAGCCUGAUGAGUACGAGCUCGCGCGCGAGAGGGCGUACGCUGCGGAUGUGGAGAGGUUUGGCAACUGGGGGACGCAGGACGCCCACGGCAUGGGCGGCGGCGGCGGCGGCGGGGUCAACACCUCAAGGGAGCUGUCUGAGGAUUCGAACGGGGACCCGUGGAGGAGGGACACGCGCGAGGGCGGCAGCCGGCGCGGCGGCAGCGGUGUCAGCAGCACCUAUGGCUGGGUGCUCCACCGUGGCAGCCUGCUCGUCUGGCGUGUGGAGGACGACCUCCAGGCGACCGUGCGCCGCCUGCAGCUGCCGCAGGCGCCCACGGGGCGCGUGUUUGUCGCCGUCGUGCCCCAUGCCGGGUCGUCGUCGCUGACCGUCGCGCUCUGCACCGCGGCCGGCCUGCUGUGCGUCUGGCUCGACGCCAACUUCUUCGCGCCGCCCUACACGCAGCAACUCUUCGUCGGCGCCGGCGCGGACGACGGCGACGCCACACCCGGGGUUGUCGCGGCGAUGGCGGCCGCGGCCGCCGACGCGGCGGGCGCACCUGGCUUCCUUGCGGUCAUAUCCACUGCAGACGGCGCGCUGCACCUCUACCACGGCAGCCAAAAGGGCAUCUUCCCGCGCCAGUUCCACCGCCCCUCGGCCGCCGGCGGCGGCGACGGCAGCACGGGCGGCGGCAGCGGCACCGGUGGCGCAGGCGCUGGCGGCGCAUCGGCGCUGCUCGGGUCGAUCGGGGGAGUGGUCAAGGCGCUCUACAGCGAGGCGUUUGACCCGCUGUACCGCGUGCAGCGCCCCUCCGCCAGCCGCCUCCCCGCGCGCCAGCUGCUGCUGCUGCGCGCCGGCGCCGGCGGCGGCGGCGCCGCAUGGCGGCUGCUGGCGCUGUCCGCCGAGGCGCUCGACUGCUGGGCGCUCGGCGCGGCCAACGCGGCCAGCGCGGCGGACGAGCGGCUGGUGUGGAGCUUCAACCUGCGGGGCGCGAGCCUCGACGCGUCGCGGCACGCGCUGUCUGUGUUUGACCUCCGGCCAGAGACGAUCCCUCACCUCGAGUCCACCUCGACGGCCGAGGGCGCCGCGGCGUCCGCGCUGCCGCGGGCGCCCGCGGCGGGCGGCGCGGGGGCGGCGGGGUGGCGGCUGCUGGCGCACCCGAGGGCGGGGGCGGCGCUGGCAAGGGCGCCGAACGGGGCGGUGGUGGAGUGGGUUCCUGGGGAGGACGGCGCCGUGACGCAGGUCUUGGCGUCGGGCAGCGACAACAUCGACGCGGCCUGCGGCGCGGACAACGGCCUGUGGCAGGUCCUCAACGCCAAGUAUGGAGUCCUGCUGAUGUCAGCCGCCGGCGACCCGCACACUGCGCCCGCCGCAGGCCCCGCAGGUGGCCUGUCAGAGCAGGCGGUGCUCGACCUGCUGGAGUCAACUGUCGGGCUGAUGGUGCGGGAGUAUGGCGCCGGCUGCCCAUACGCUGAGCUGGCAGAGGGCCUGGGCGCCCGCCUGGAGCGCCUGGGGCUGUUUGGCGGCGGCGCGGCGGCGGCGGGGCUGGUGGUGGCCUACAGCAGCAGCGUGGUCGACCAGAUGCCCAAAGAGGGCGUGAGCGGCGCCGGCGGCGUCGCGGCGCUGCAAGAUCUGCUCUCAAAAAAGGCGCUGCGCCACGACAUGCUGCUCACGGCCCUCGAGGCUGGCGGGGCCCUCGCCCGCCUGCCGGGCGCAGUCGGCGCGGCGCUGUUCUCGCACGCGCAGCAGCUGGCGGCGGCGGCGGCGGCGCUGGAGCUGCUGCCGGAGCUGGGGGCGGCGGCGCAGGACGGCAUCGCAGGUGCUGGCGAGGCGCAGGCCGCGGCGGUCGGCGCUCUGGAGGCCGCCGGCGCCCUGGCAGCCGAGGGGGCGCCCGAGCCGGUUCUGGUCGAGCGGGCCCCCUGGGAGCCCUUCUUCGCGCGGCCGACCGCCGGCGCGCCCGCGCUGUUCACCGCGGCGGCGGCAGCUGCCGGGCAGCUGAGGUCGGACCUCUCUGAGCACGCGGCGGUCACAGACGCAGACGCAGGCAGCAGCGGCAGAGGCGGGAGCGUGGUGGGGGCGGAGGCCGCGUCGGCGCGGCUGCAGGGUCUGGGCCUGCUGCUGAGCCGCGCCGCGCUGGGCGCUGACCGCAAGCGUGGCCAGCUGGCGGGGGCGUUCAGGGAUGCAGACGUGCGGCAGCGGGGCGCUGUCGCGGCGGCGGGCGGGGGGUGGCUGUGCAGCGCGGACGCGCGGGCGGCAUGGGAUCAGAUCGCUCAGGCCUGCCUGAUCCUCAAGCCCCGCCUGCCCAGCCUCCAGGCGCGACUCCUGCUGGACGAGUCCGCCCACCUGCCAGCCACCGCCGCCCUGCUCGGCGCGACGCGAGAGGCCCUCCGCGCCCUCGCCCCGCGCCGCGGCGGCGCGGCCACAGGCGGCGGCGGGGCGGAGGGGGCGGCGGCGGCGCUGGAGGCGGCGUACGCCGCGGCGCGGGACCAGAAUGCGGGCAGCCUGCUGGCGGAUGCAGGGGAGGAGCUGGAAGAGCUCAGGGCCGCCGGGGUCGUGCCCCCCUCGGACGAGGAUUCGGCCGCCGCCGCGUCGGGCGCGCUGAUCUGGCGGGUCGAGUCGCUGGCGCUGGAGCAUGCCUGCCACCCCCAGCUUUAUGAUGCGCUGCAGCUGCUGCUGUCGGCCGGCCUGGACGAUGCGUCCCGCAUGCUGGGCCACAUGCGGCGGGAGCUCGCCACGGCGGCUGCCGCAGCCGACCCCCACGCCACCUUCACGCGGCACGCAAUGGACAGGCUGCGCUCAGAGGGCCGCGUGCGGGAGCUGCUGCAGCUGGGCCGCAAGGGCUUCGCCCCGCAGCUUCUGUCCUACCUGGCGGCACACCCCCACCUGCUGUGGCUCGCGCAGGCGGGCGCCGGCCGCUGGGGCGACGCGGCGGGCGCGCUGCUGGCCGCGGCACAGUCGGUGCAGGUGCUGCGGGGUGCGGGGUCUGGGCCGCCGGACCAGGAGGCGGGCCGCGUCAUCGCGGCGCUGCAGGCGCUGGCGGCGGCGCCAGACGAGCUGCGGGAGCGGCACAGGUCCCUGUGGGAGGCCGGCUGGCAGCGGCUGCUGGACCUGACAGACACGCAGCGGCUCAUAGAGCUCAGGAACGCGCAGCUGCAGGGCGGCGGCCGCGGCGGCGGCGGCGAUGGCGGCACAGACGAGGGCGAGGGCGAGGGCGCGGAGGGGGUGCGCGGCGAAGACGAGGGUUUCGCGGCGGCGCUGGACGCGAGCCCGCUGUGCGAGGGGCUGGUGGCCUGCGCCGCCGCGCUGCUGGCGUGCACGCCCCUGGAGGCCACGCCACGCCCGGCCGAGGUGCUGGACGGCAUCGGCGGCUGGCUGCGCGGCCGGGCGGCCGGCGACCGCACGCGCGCAGAGGUGCUGGAGGGGGCGAUCGAAGCGGCGGCGCGGCGGUGCGCCCCGCUGCUGAUGGCCUCAGCUGACGCGUGA